UCCGCUGCCGGCCGCCGCGGGAGCCGGAGAACGGCCGGUUCCUGUGGGCAGCUUUUGCUGUGAUCGGGGCGAUCAUGCUCAAGCCCCCCGGCUGCCUGCUGCGGCUGCUCAAGGGCACCCCCAGACAGUGCGUCUGCACCUGGUUCAUCAUCGGCUUCAAGUUCACCUUCGUCCUCUCCAUCAUGAUCUACUGGAACAUUCUGGGUGAGCCCAGGGAGCAAACUCACCUGCCUGUGAGUGCCCCCUGCCCCCACCUGGCCCCCUCCAACCUGCCCCCCAGCACCCCAGCCCCGGGCAGCAUCUUUUUCCUGGAGACGUCUGAGCGGACCAAUCCCAACUUUCUGUUCAUGUGUUCGGUGGAGUCCGCGGCCAGGGCGCACCCCGAGGCCCGGGUGGUGGUGCUGAUGAAGGGGCUCCCGGGCGGCAGCGCCCCCCUGCCCCGGCACCUGGGCACCUCGCUUCUGAGCUGCUUCCCCAACGUGCAGCUGCUGCGGCUGGACCUGGAGGAGCUGUUCGGCGGCACCCCGCUGGCCGCCUGGCACGCGGCCAGGCGCGGGCGCUGGUGCUGGCAGCCCUACCUGCUGCCCGUGCUCUCGGACGCCGCCAGGAUCGCCCUGCUCUGGAAGUUCGGUGGCAUCUACCUGGACACGGACUUCAUCGUCCUCAGGAGCCUCAAGAACCUCACCAACACGUUGGGGACCCAGUCCCGCUACCUCCUCAACGGCGCCUUCCUGGCCUUCGAGCGCCGGCACGAGUUCCUGGCGCUGUGCAUGCGCGACUUCGUGGCGCACUACAACGCCUGGGUCUGGGGCCACCAGGGUCCCCAGUUACUCACCCGGGUCUUCAAAAGAUGGUGUUCCAUCCGCAGCCUGGGGGACAGCCAUGCCUGCCGCGGGGUCACGGCGCUGCCCCGCGAGGCCUUCUACCCCAUCUCCUGGCAGAACUGGAAGAAAUAUUUCGAGGACAUCAGCGCGCAGGAGCUGGCCCGGCUGCUCAAUGCCACCUACGCCGUCCACGUGUGGAACAAGAAGAGCCACGGCACGCACCUGCGGGCCACGUCCCAGGCGCUGCUGGCCCAGCUCCACGCGCGCUACUGCCCCACGACCCACGAGGCCAUGAAGAUGUAUUUGUGAGGCCCGCCAGCCUGCCAGGCCUCUGCCCCCGUCCCUGGGGAGAGCACGGGGCGGGGCUGGGGACGGCACA